AUGGGUGGUGAGCGACUUCUGGUGCAGUGGGAGCGUUACGAGUCGGCCGUGCUGGCGCACCUGCGGCGCCUGCUGGCGGCUGAGGCGUUCGUCGACGUCACGCUCUGCUGCCAGGGCCACCGCCUGCGUGCUCACCGCGUGCUGCUCUCCGCCUGCAGCCCCUACCUGCAGCGCGUGCUGCUAGAGCACCCGUGCGGCGCGGGCGAAUCAGUGACGGUGAUCCUGCACGACGUCAGCCACGAGGAUAUGCGCCGCCUGCUGGACCUCAUCUACACUGGAAGUACAGAAGUGCCGGGACACGACUUGUCGCGCUUCCUGUGCACCGCCGAGGCGCUCGAUCUCAGCCUGCUGCGGUCGGCCGCACUGCGGAUUUGUGAAGUCACCGCCUCACCCAGCGCAGGAACCGAGAGAGGACCCACUCCCCCCACCACCCUCUCCGUCCCCUUAUCGCUGCCAGAAACAACGUCAGACUGUGCAGUGCCGUCUCCAAAGGAGCCUUCCCUGCCACACAGCCAGUCUCUGUUGAUGGCCCCACAACUUCGUGACCCUGACUCUGCAGACCACUUGCUGCAGGCGCCAUCUGCUGGUCCGCCUAUGCCACCCCCUACGUGUCAGAGCCCUCUAGCGCCAUCCUGCCCGCUGCCCACAACUGCCCACAGCUCCACCCAGGCUGCCGCCCAACCCACGAUGCAGGUGCAGCUGUCGCGGAAUUGCCACUUCUUGACUCCGCCACCCACUGUAACCGUCGUGGGGAAGUCGCCCUGGACCACGAGCGUGAGCCAACACAUCCAACCCUGGAUGCCACCAGAUGAUAGACCAGAACAGGUGUGGCCUUUCACCUGA